AUGACAGCUAGGCACCGAAAGGAUGUUACAGCUGAACGAUUUCGAUUUCACUUCGACGGCAAACCUGAGUUUUUAAUAAGCUUCGUUAGGUGGCUGGUGCAACCCUCGCACAUUCUGGCUGGUCUCAAUGUUCAGACUGUGAUACAAGGAGAACAACAAGCCGCGCUUGCUUCCACACUGGACUCGCUUGACAUUGAUGCGUGCUGUGAAACAAGAGUUCAAUAUUCAAGCACGGUGUUUGAGCUGACUGCCCCAUCACUCUCCACUCGAUUCCGGCUGCUCAGCUGUGGCGAUCCAGAGGCCGCUACAGCAGGAUGUGCAAGGGUCGUUAGUAUUCUAAAUCACCGGGUAGGAGGACCCCUGACUGAUUGCUUAUUCACUGAUGGUGGCCUUCGAGCGGCUCGUCUGACAUCGUCCGUGAAGAAGUCCCACAAGCUGGAAGUCGAUCGUUGCCCGUUUGUCGUGUCUGCUUAUGUCCCAACUGAAUGUAGCUUUGACACCAUCAAAGGAAACUUUCAUGUCGCUUUGAAUGCCAUGUUACGGUGGGCUAAAUGUCUUUGUGGGGGCCGAAAAUUUGAAUGUACAUUUGAGCAGACUUCACACAUCUGA